AUGGAUCAAUUAAACGGUAAAGAACAACAAGAAUUUCAACAACUCAUUGAACAAAAGCAAAUGAAAGAUUUCAUGAACUUAUAUUCCAAUUUAGUUUCAAGAUGUUUUGAUGAUUGUGUUAAUGAUUUUACUUCAUCAUCAUUAACUUCAAAAGAAUCAAGUUGUAUAAUGAAAUGUUCCGAAAAAUUCUUAAAACACAGUGAAAGAGUUGGUUUAAGAUUUCAAGAACAAAAUGCUUUAUUAAUGCAAAACAUGCAAAAACGUUAG